GAGGAGGACCAGAGAGAAAUAGCCCUACUACGUCAGAGGGUGGGUGACCUGGAAAAAGUCCAGCAGCGGCAGAUGGAAGAACUGGGAUGCGUGGAGCAGAAGGAGCGGGACAAGGGCUCCCUAUGCUGAUGUUCAACUUUUCCACCUUUACAAACUCCCGUUACACAGGCGACAUGACCUCCUCGGUCCUCCGGCAGCCUUUUCCGCCGGGAGCGAGCCCGAGCGAGACGGAGCUUCAGAAGAUGCUGGUCGACGAGAGGACCAAGUGCGAACUUCAUCGAGGAAACUACGAGACUCUUAAGGCCGAACACACCGGCUUGCAGGAUGAUUUCAUUCAGGUACAAGAGGAGGCGAGGCAUCUGCAGGCUCAGCUCGACAGGCUCCAGCUGCAGUUAGCUGAGCGCACGAGAGAAAUUGUGGAAAAAAACACGGAGAUGGAAGAACUCAGACUGCAGGUGAUGACUCCUCAGCGUCUGGAGUUGCUCAGAGCUCAGGUGCAGCAGGAGAUGGAGGGGCCAGUCCGAGCGCGCUUCGCCAGGCUGGAAGAGGAGGCGGAGAAGUACAGGUCGGAGUACAACAAGUUGCGCUACGGCUACACCGUGCUCAAUGCCCAGUUCGAGCACCAAAAGGAGGAACACGCCCGCGUCGCGGAGGAGCAGAGGCUACGCUACGAGGCCGAGAUCGCUCAUCUGGACAAAGACAAGGAGAACCUGUCGGCCCAGUACCAGAACGCGGACCCGCGGCGCGACAGGAAACAAACGGAGCUUCUUCUGAGGGAGAAAACGCAGCUCGCCUCGCGCCUGAAGGGUCUGCAGGCAGAGGCGGCCGAGCUGCAGGCCCAGAAGGAGCACUCGGAGCAGCGGGCCGACAACGUUCAGCGGGUUCAGAACCGGCAGAUGGCGGAAGCUCAGGCUGCUCUGAAAUCUCUGGAGGCGGAGCGUCAGUCUUUGCGGCUGCGGCUGGAGCGGACGGAGAGCGAGCUCGGUCUGAGCCACGAGCAGAGCAACGGGCUCGCCGGACAGCUGCACAAAACGGAGAAACGAGUCGACGUCCUCACCGGCCAGAUUGAAAGCCUGAAGCAUUCCCACAAAAUGGAGGUGGCCAGCGUUAAACUGGAGUGUACUCGCUCGAAAGGCGAGCUGGAGAGGGAGCGAGACACCCUGAAAGGGCAGUUGGAGGGUCUCCAGACAGACGCGGAGGUGCUCAAGCACGUCGCCGAGAGACAAAAAGAAGUUGUCGUAGAAAAGGAGAGGGAGGUGGCCAGGAAGGUGCAAUCCGCUCGCGAUGAGGAAAUCUACAAAUCGGCUGUCUUACAGGAGGAGAAGUUGGAAUUGGAGCACCGCCUUGCCGCGUUGGAGCAGCAGAGGGCGCUGCAGGACACUCAAGCGCAAGCCCAGAAAGAAGAGUGGGAAGAGCAACUCGGCACGGCCCAAAGGGGAGAGACGUCCGCGCGCAACGAACUGCAGAGCCUCAGACUUCGAUUAAAGCAGCAAAGCGCUCAGCUGGAGGAGCUGGAGAGGCAGACAGUGGAGGUGUCGAGCUUGAAGCAGAAAACCCAGGAACUACGCGCACAGCUGAGCACGUCGUCGCGGUCUGAAGCUGAGCUGGCGGAAGCCAACCAGCGUCUGAGAGCCAAGGCGGACGGCGCGAGGGAGGAGCUGAGGGCGGCCCGAAGCCAAGCCGAGAGGAGCCAACGUGAGGCGGAGCGGCGGGCGGAGGAGAGUCAGAUCGAGCGGCUGGAAGAGAAACACAAGCUGCGAGAGCGAGAGACCAAGUCGGAUGAGAAAUACUCUCAGCUGAAAGACAAAAUGAAGAGGGCGGCGGUCGCCCAAAAGAAGAGAAGAAACCAGACUGACAACAAAGAGAAGAGCCUGCAGAGUAAGAUCCAACUACUGAAGGCACAAAUGGAGGAGCUGAAGCUGGAAGCCGCCGCAGCCAACAAACGUCCGCUUCACUCCGAGGAACACGCUCAGCUCCGCAGAAAAUUGCGAGAGCUCCAGCGGCGACACGGCGAGUUCCGGCGCCUCUUGCUGGGUGACCAGGGUGCCUUCGGGUUCGGCCCCGCUCUCCUCACUCCCGCACGAAACCCGAUCCUCGCCAGGGACGCGGCAUCGAACGUACCGGAAGAGGAGGAGCACAGGGAGAUGGUCCUGCUGUGUGAAAGGCUGGAUGAGCUGGAAAGAGCACAGCAGCAACAACUGGAAGAACUGAACAGCCUCGGCGAACACAUACACAUUAGCGGAACACACCGGAGCAGGGGGCAGCCGAAGCGCCCGGGGAGCAUUUCGGGGUAUCAGUGUCGCGCUCAAGGACGCCACGGCCGUGAGUCUGGGGGAUGGUCCCGUGGGGGUCUUGAACCCGGGUCCCCCACAGCGGCAGGCGACGAUCUUAACCGCGGGGCCACGGCUUUCUUUCUGGGGAGAGGCCUGCGAUCAGCUCAGUCGAAUUUCUGGGGAUCGUCGAUGUCAGCCAGGAUGUCCGCCUGCCUCUCGGCCUCUGAGACAGCGCCGUCCACAUAACAAACAUGACGUACGUUUCCCUUUGCUGUUAAAUAGCUGCAUAAAACAAAAUAGUUUUUUGUUUUUUUUCCCCCCUUGUUGAAAAUGUCACGUGUUCCAUACUUAUAAGUUGGGAUACUAUGUUUGUAAAUAAGGGACCAUGACAAUGGAAUUUGCUCGCGUGUGUGUGUGUGAAGAAAAAUAGUUGUUUUAUCGUCGGCAAUUUGGCAGAUGUUGGGAUCAGGAUCGUUGGUGGAGAGGAAGCAAUUAAGUGCAGGCGCGCGCGCGCGGCCACUUGAGCGGGCCAAGCGAUCGCACCUGCGGAGGGCGUGGCGCAGCGGAUAUAGGUGGCGCUUUGGCAGCUGGCCGGGAUGCAGUCGGCGACGCGGUCGCCCGGGGAGCGCAGUUUAGCGCCGUGACCAUCCCGGUUCGUGCCGACGGCACGUCUUGCGCGAAGCGAAAAAGGUGAGCUUUGACGCCCAAUGGAGGGAGAGACGCAGAAGGAAGCGUUUUCUCGUUGUCUCUUUUGCUUUCAGCCGCACGAGGAGGAGUUGAACCGAAAGACGGGAGGAUUCCGAGAUGCUUUCCGCAGUUAAAUCGGUUGAAGUUUCCGCAGUUGAAUCCGGUUGCAGUGUGACUGCACAGAAGGGUAACUGGUCUCUCUCUCUCUCUCUCUCUCUCUCUGUCUGUCUUUGCAGAUCGUUGACGAACUGGAGCGGAGGGACGCCCUCAUGUGGGUGGAGGGCGCAACUGCAGCGUUCAGUCUCCACUGGAUGUUUUGCUCUUUCUGUCUUUGCAGAUCGUUGACCAACUGGAGCGGAGGGACGCCCUCCUGUGGGCGGAGGGCGCAACUGCAGCGUUCAGUCUCCAUUGGCUGUUUUGCUCUCUCUCAUGUCUUUGCAGAUCGUUGACCAACUGGAGCGGAGGGACGCCCUCCUGUGGGCGGAGGGCGCAACUGCAGCGUUCAGUCUCCAUUGGCUGUUUUGCUCUCUCAUGUCUUUGCAGAUCGUUGACGAACUGGAGCGGAACGGCGCCCUCCUGUGGGCGGAGGGCGCAACUGCAGCGUUUAGUCUCCACUGGCUGUUUUGCUCUCAUCUGUCUUUGCAGAUCGUUGACCAACUGGAGCGGAGGGACGCCCUCCUGUGAGCGGAGGGCGCAACUGCAGCGUUCAGUCUCCACUGGCUGUUUUGCUCGCUCGCUCUCUCAUCUGUCUUUGCAGAUCGUUGACGGAGCGGAACGGCGCCCUCCUGUGGGCGGAGGGGCAACUGCAGCGUUCCGUCUCCACUGGAUGUUUUGAUCUCUGUCUCGUCUGUCUGCAGAUCGUUGACGAACUGGAGCGGAACGGUGCCCUCCUGUGGGCGGAGGGGCAACUGCAGCGUUCCGUCUCCACUGGAUGUUUUGAUCUCUGUCUCGUCUGUCUUUGCAGAUCGUUGACGAACUGGAGCGGAACGGUGCCCUCCUGUGGCAAGAGGGCGCAACUGCAGCGUUCCGUCUCCACUGGAUGUUUUGCUCUCUCUCUCGUCUGUCUUUGCAGAUCGUUGACGAACUGGAGCGGAACGGUGCCCUCCUGUGGCAAGAGGGCGCAACUGCAGCGUUCAGUCUCCACUGGAUGAUGCUUUGCUCGGUGACCUCCGAGGUCGUCGAGCAUGUGCCACGUUGGCAGAUUGUGCUGAUUUAGGGCACCUGCGGCGCCCAGGACGCAGUCUACACGAGUAGUGAGCCCAUUUGGCUCUCUGUCGCUGCUUUCCACAGCGGUGUACGGGCAGGCUGGCCAUCUGAGUUUGGUGCCCUGUGGCUGAAAAGAAGUUGGAGCAGCAGCUAUCAAUGAGAUGCACAAGAUCCAGAGAGCGGUGUGAGACUUUUGACCGGAGUGGCUGCAGCGUCCGUUCCAAGAUGGUGAUCCUCACGAACCGCCACCUGAUGUGGUUGGAAAAUUGUGCUGAAGAGGCAACCUGAGGCUAAAGUGUAUUUCAACAGCCAUGUAAAUCUGAGCUGACGCUCCAGGUUUCAUUGCAAGUGUUCAUGCACUUGAAAGGAAUUUGAAUGUGUAUUUUUUUUGCAGGCUGACAACCACUUGACGAGGGCAUUGAAGUUCCAAGUAAAUUAGAAGAAAAGUCUCACUUCAUCCAAUAAUGUGCAUCCUCUGGCCUCGUGUUUUGAAAUGGCUGUGACAGUUGUAUUCCAAGUAAGUGGUGUAAGCAGGUUGUGAAUUUGUAGUGGUUUUGUUUUUGCAGUUUCCUGAGGACCACUGCUGCGGUGACGUGCCCGGUUAUUGUUGUCAGAGCAGGGGACAAUGGGAAUAGCAUUGACAGGUUCCUGAGCCAGUGGGAGGAGAAGGCACCAGGAGAGCAGACCAGUGAGUAAAUGACAUGGUUGCAAACAGCAUCCUUGUCAUUUGCAAUGUUUGUUUUGAA